AUGGGACCACCGAAUGGCGAAAGGAUCAAAGAAUCAAAGGCAGUGAAACCCACCAUGCAGUUGCAGAUCCCGCCCCCGGCUUCACGGGACUCUGGUCGCUCAACAGAACCCUCAGUGGAGGGUCGCAGCCCCAAGCUGUCGGUGCGAACCGGAGAGUCUGGUGAUCCCCUGAGAAUAACUAGUCCGCGGCACAACAAAAGCCCGAAAGAGAAAGAGCAGAAGAACAAAGCUAGAAGAAGUAUACCCUUGUAUGCUUUGGUGUCAAGAAAAAUUGUUGACAACAGGUUUUUCAUGAUUUUCACCACACUUCUCACUUUCUAUGCGUUGACGGCAGACGACUUGAGGAUAAUCCUCACGGAGAAGCCGGCAGACAUAGUAUUCAACAUCAUGGGUUUAAUUUGUAUAGUGGUUUUUAUGCUGGAGGUGGUUCUCUCUUGCCUGGGGAAGGCUGACUACUACCUGGGUUUUUUCUUCUGGCUAGAUGUGAUCAGCACGGCGACACUACUGCUUGACCUAACAUGGGUCAGUGAGGCUAUCCAGGGUGGUGGCGAGGGUGGUGAUGCCUCGGACCUGCGGUCCGGCAGGACAGCAAGGGUUGGCGCCCGCGCUGGGCGUGUGGUUAGAGUCCUUCGACUGGUGAGACUUCUGAAGCUUUACAAAGCAUACUAUGAGGCCAAACAGAGAAGGUUGGAACGAGAAAGAAGAAAGCAAUCAGGUGAAGACCUGCAGGAUGACUGGGAUGAAGCAGACUACGAAGCAGUCGAAAAAGCGGAAGGGAAGGCCAACGAGAGCCGGGUAGGGAAAAAGCUUUCCGAGAUGACAACGAGACGUGUCAUCUGUCUCAUUCUCGCGAUGCUUCUGAUCCUGCCGCUACUCUCCAAGGAGUCUGCAGAUCAGACACCGUACUCGGUCAGCUACGGUGCCAACGAAGUUUGGCAGGCUUUUAUGGCCAAGAUGGGGAACACCUCAUCUGCUGCACAGCUUGCCACGAAGUCGUACGAUGAGGCGCUUCUGGAAUACGUCUAUUAUCACAAUUGGUACGUCGCGAACCACCAAGGGAUUUAUUGCCCGACUGCGAAUUGUGCAGGAAGAUUUCUAGGCUCAUUGUUCUGGAUUGGCCUGGCAGGGCCUCGGGGCGAGGUGGACUUGAGUUCCGUCUUGCAGUACACGCAGCUGAAUUCCACGGUCGUGGCCGGCUUUGAGAGCAGCAGAAUCCUCGCGUACAAUACCCAGGACCUGUGGAUGUCCUUGGGAACCCUGCCACCCGAGGUUAAGGCAACUUUGUCAGAACCAUGGGCAGAGUCGUGUGCGACGUCAACGAUUGACUUGUUCGGUCUGUCGCUGCUGAAGAGCCCCGUCAGUGGCUUGAACAUCCACCAGGUGGCGUGCCCGUUAGAUCUCCGCGCAACGGAGAUUCAGGCGCAUUUCACGCAAUUUAUAGUUCCUCGCCAGCAGUCAUACUACCUCACGUUUUACUAUGACAUGCGGCCUUUCAAUCGUCAGACCUCAGCGUUCAGCUUGGGCGUGACGUUUUUCGUCAUGGUCCUUCUAGUGACCGCAUCGCUGAUGUUUACGAGCGAUGCUAAUCGACUGGUGCUGCGCCCUGUUGAAAAGAUGAUUGAGCGGAUCGAGGCCAUUCGAGAUAAGCCUUUGCUGGCCAUGAAGAUGGCCGAUGACGAGUUCAAGGCUGAAGAAAUCAAGAAGGAAAGUAUGAUGAGGAACAAGCAGAAGCCACUGAGAAGAAUCGCUAUGGAAACCUCCAGACUAUGUGCCUCUCGGCCAGAGGUCAUGGAGACGGUGAUUCUGGAGAAGACUAUCAUCAAGCUUGGAUCUUUGCUUGCCCUGGGCUUUGGCGAAGCUGGUGCCGACAUCAUUGGCAAGAACAUGAGUGGCUCCGACUCGGCUGGUGUGAAUGCCAUGGUGCCAGGGCGCAAGUGCGAGUGUAUAGUCGGCAUUCUUCGUGUACGCGAUUUCAGCACCGCCACGGAGGUCCUCCAGGCCAAGGUCAUGAUGUUCUCCAACCAAAUAGCGGAAAUCGUCCAUGGAGUUUGCAAUGAAUUCCACGGAGCUCCGAACAAGAAUACUGGUGACUCCUUCCUGGUCAUUUGGAAGGAAAGCCAUGAUGCAGGACUGGAUGGUACCGAGCUGAUGCAGAAAUAUGCAGAAGGUGCCAUAGUUUCCUCUGCAUGCGUCAUUGGCGCCGUGCACCAUUCGCCUCUGCUCGGAAGCUAUAGAGAACACCCUGGGCUGCAGUAUCGACUGGGCUCGAACUGCCGGGUGCACCUGAGCAUCGGCCUUCACAAAGGAUGGGCCAUUGAAGGUGCAGUCGGCAGCGAGUUCAAGAUCGAUUGUUCAUAUCUAUCGCCGAACGUGAGUAUCGCCACGUCCAUCGAGCGAUCCACUGAAGCCUAUGGCGUGUCGGUUAUGGUAGCACAAUCAGUUGUUGAUCUGUGUGAUUAUCCCAUCCGGUCCCAGUGCCGAUUGAUUGACAAAGUCAUCGUCAGAGGCUCUCCAGCACCGAUGGAGCUCUACUGCGUCGACCUGGAUUACAUGAGUGUGGAAGUGGACUUGACGUCCCGACCCAAGGGGCUUGCCUGGAACACUCGACAAAGGUUCAAGGUCCGGCAGCAGAUAGAGCAGGAAAAGAAGGCAGUGCUCCACAAGGAUUUGGCAGAGAUCUUCGUAACAGACGAGGUUAUCCUGCAAAUGCGAGAGCGCUACACUGUAGAGUUCUUCCAGCUUUUCAACAUGGGCUACCAGAACUACUCCCAAGGGGAGUGGCAGGUGGCACGGCGAAUGCUGAUGCACAUCAAGAGCGACGUGGCGGCUGAAGAUGGCCCCAGCACGGCCUUGCUAAAGUUCAUGGAGGCGCCGUAUGGCUUCGAGGCCCCGAAAGGAUGGCAAGGAAUCCGCGAGCUGGUUUGUUAA